AUGUCUUGUGAUUAAUGUAAAAGUGGAUAUUUUUAUGAUGAUUCUAAAUGUAUUACUUCAUGUCCAAAAGGAAAAUAUGCAGAUAUUUCGAAAAGAACUUGCAAUAAUUGUAAUAAUAAAUGUGCAACUUGUUCUAAUGCUAAAGAUUGUGAUACUUGUUUUGAGAAUAGAGUUACACGUGCUUGUGAAUGCCCUGCGAAUACUUAUGAUAGCUUGGAUUACAAAAAAGCUUGUACUAUAUGCUCUACUAUAUCUAUUGGAUGUUCUAAUUGUAAUGCUACUACUUGCUUAGCAUGUCUAACGACGUAUUUUUUAGAAGGAAAUUCAUGUGUAAAGAAUUGUCCUCCAGGCAAAUAUGGCAAUACGACAAAUAGAUAAUGUACAGCUUGCUUAGACAAAUGUGCAACUUGCUCUAAUGCUACAGAUUGUGAUACUUGUUUUGAGAAUAGAGUUAUACGUUCUUGUGAAUGCCCUGCGAAUAGUUAUGAUAGCUUGGAUUUCAAAAAAUCUUGUACUAUAUGCUCCACUAUAUCUAUUGGAUGUUCUAAUUGUAAUGCUACUACUUGCUUAGCAUGUCUAUUGCCGUAUUUUUUAGAAGGAAAUUCAUGUGUAAAGAAUUGUCCUCCAGGCAAAUAUGGCAAUACGACAAAUAGAUAAUGUACAGCUUGCUUAGACAAAUGUGCAACUUGCUCUAAUGCUACAGAUUGUGAUACUUGUUUUGAGAAUAGAAUUACACGUGCUUGUGAAUGCCCUGCGAAUACUUAUGAUAGCUUGGAUUACAAAAAAGCUUGUAUUGAAUGCUCUACUAUAUCUAAUGGAUGUUCUACUUGUAAAGCUAAAACUUGCUAAGCUUGUCUAUCGCCGUAUUUUUUAGAAGGAAAUUCAUGUGUAAAUAUUUGUCCUCCUGGUAAAUAUGGCAAUACGAUAAAUAGAUAAUGUUCAGCUUGCUUAGACAAAUGUGCAACUUGUUCUAAUGAUACAGAUUGUGACACUUGUUUUGAGAAUAGAGUUACACGUGCUUGUGAAUGCCCUGCGAAUAGUUAUGAUAGCUUGGAUUUCAAAAAACCUUGUACUAUAUGCUCCACUAUAUCUAUUGGAUGUUCUAAUUGUAAUGCUACUACUUGCUUAGCAUGUCUACCGACGUAUUUUUAAGAUGGAAAUAAAUGCGUAAAAGUUUGUCCUCCUGGCAAAUAUGGUAAUUUGACAAAUAAAUAAUGUUCAGCUUGCUUAGACAAAUGUGCAACUUGUUCUAAUGAUACAGAUUGUGAUACUUGUUUUGAGAAUAGAGUUACACGUGCUUGUGAAUGCCCUGCGAAUACUUAUGAUAGCUUGGAUUACAAAAAAGCUUGUAUUAAAUGCUCUACUAUAUCUAAUGGAUGUUCUACUUGUAAAGCUAAAACUUGCUAAGCUUGUCUAUCGCCGUAUUUUUUAGAAGGAAAUUCAUGUGUAAAUAUUUGUCCUCCUGGUAAAUAUGGCAAUACGAUAAAUAGAUAAUGUUCAGCUUGCUUAGACAAAUGUGCAACUUGUUCUAAUGAUACAGAUUGUGACACUUGUUUUGAGAAUAGAGUUACACGUGCUUGUGAAUGCCCUGCGAAUAGUUAUGAUAGCUUGGAUUUCAAAAAACCUUGUACUAUAUGCUCCACUAUAUCUAUUGGAUGUUCUAAUUGUAAUGCUACUACUUGCUUAGCAUGUCUAUUGCCGUAUUUUUUAGAAGGAAAUUCAUGUGUAAAGGAUUGUCCCCCCGGUAAAAAUGGCAAUACGACAAAUAGAUAAUGUACAUCUUGCUUAGACAAAUGUGUAACUUGCUCUAAUGCUACAGAUUGUGAUACUUGUUUUGAGAAUAGAGUAACACCUUCUUGUUAAUGCCCUGCGAAUACUUAUGAUAGCUUGGAUUUCAAAAAACCUUGUACUAUAUGCUCCACUAUAUCUAUUGGAUGUUCUAAUUGUAAUGCUACUACUUGCUUAGCAUGUCUAUUGCCGUAUUUUUUAGAAGGAAAUUCAUGUGUAAAGAAUUGUCCUCCAGGCAAAUAUGGCAAUAUGACAAAUAGAUAAUGUACAGCUUGCUUAGACAAAUGUGCAACUUGUUCUAAUGCGACAGAUUGUGACACUUGUUUUGAGAAUAGGGUUCCUUAAUAAUGUAAUUGUCCUUAAUAUUCAUAUGAUUCUAAUGUUUUCAAUUAAGCCUGUGCUAUGUGUUCAACUUUUUCAACUGGAUGUGCUACAUGCAAUGCAACAGAAUGUCUUACAUGCAAAUCUCCUCAAUAUUUUUAAUAAAAUUAAAAUAAAUAAUGCGAUUCAUGUUAAAAUAUAAUGACUAAAAUACAUUUUAGUUCUGAUUUCUUGGAUUUAAUUAUAGAUUUUG